AUGGUUGAUUUGACUGAAAUUGAUAAGGUCCUAGAAACGGCCCAAGAUUCUUCUGGGUCUCCGUUGUCGCCCAUCAACCCUAUUGAAAAGAGACUGUCUAUUGAUUCUUUCUCAUCAAACGACAAUGCCUUGUGUACUUCCAGAAGAAGAAGUAGCGUUGAUGGCUGGUCCCAAUCAACUGCUGGUGCUCCUCCUCAUGUUCACAGUAAGCACCAUAGGUGUAAUUCUACGGCCAUCAAAUUUAAUACCCCAAAGUAUUGUUAA